GGAACAGCGAACGAUCCAAGAAUUAUGUAACCAGUAACCAUAGAGUGGCUCCACUUCAGACGCGCUCAGGCUUAUGUAGAAUCGCGGUAAGCCACUGCAUUCUGCAUUUUAGUCGCUGUAUGUAUUUUAGUAGCAUUUUGGCCACAAUCCUCUUCAUAUCAUUCGACAUCAUAUCAUUAGGUCAGGUACUUUAGCGCUUUAAAGAGGGCUUAGUCGACGACUUAUUUCGAUACCGAUACAUCUUACAUCCAAUUGAUAUUCACAUGAAACACACUGCUCAUACAUGUUCAUACAAUUCUUAUUUAUCAACCACUAACUACUAUAUCGAGUUCAUCGUGUCUUGAAACUAGCUUCAUUAGUGUUGCGUGUCUCACUUGCCAACCUCCCUACCUGGGUACCAAAUCUAUUGGGUGGAUCAAUGGCUUCAAUAAACGAUCUCGCGACAGCCGCGACAAUAGCGUCGUCGGCCGUGGCGUUACAGUCUUCACCUACGCGGGAGGGCGCUCAACCCGCCACACCCCCAGCAGAGCCGCGGUCACCCCCCUCCUCAAGACCUGCAACAGACGGCGCUCAGAGUACUUCGCCCCUGACGGAGAAGUCCAAGCUGGUAAACGCGAAUGAGGAUGGGGACUCGAUAACCGUGGCCACAGGUGCUCCGCCCGUGUUAGCGCCGCCUCAGAUAUCUCCUCAGAAUCCCUCGCAAGCACAGAUCCCAGCUCCGGCUCCGGCCGCCGCCGAGGUUGAGCCUGCAGAAGCUGUGAAGGAUGUCAGUAUCGAAGAUAAAGAUGCCGUUGAUAAUUCUGCAGGGGACGAUAUGGAUGGCAUCGAGAAGGUAGUAGCGCCGCCGUCGAAACCAGUGCGCGGCGCUUUCGUUGUGUUCGAGGGAAUGGACCGUGCGGGGAAGACGACGCAGGCAAAAUUACUGCAGCAGAGGUGUAUCGAGAGCGGUCGGGAGGUGCGGUUUAUGCGAUUUCCUGAUAGGACAACGCCUAUCGGUAAGAUGAUCGACUCGUAUCUCAAGGGCGAGACGGAGAUCGAAGAUCAUGUUAUUCACCUGUUGUUUAGUGCUAAUCGAUGGGAAGCUGUCAAGAAAAUCAAGACAGAGUUGGAGGCUGGUCAUACUAUAAUCUGCGACCGCUUCUACCAUAGCGGUAUCGUAUACAGCGCAGCUAAAAAUAUCAAGAGCCUAUCACUAUCCUGGGCCAAGGCGCCCGAGGUCGGCUUGCCCAGACCAGACAUGGUUCUUUUCCUAGACCUAGAGGAAGAAGUCGCGCGCGAACGUGGCGGUUGGGGUGGUGAAGUCUACGAGAAAGGCGAGAUGCAGCGGCGCGUCAGAGAUCUGUUUUGGGGCCUUAGCAUGGGAGACCUCGGUAGCGCUGUGGGGAACAACGGCAGCAGUAAGGUUCCGAGAAGAGGUGGUGAGGCGGAGAGGCUCGGGAAUGGAACAAGUAGAGGUGGAGAUGGUAGUAACAGCGAGGAGGGUGAGUUCAGGCAGGAGGAAGAGGAUAUUCAAAUCGUAGAUGCGGAUCUCGAUGUCGAGAGUCUGUCUGAGAGAGUAUGGGAUCUCGUACUGCCGAGACUAGAAGCAGUGGAACGAGGCGAGGUCGGAAGAACCGUACGGAUCGUACGGUAAAACUAUAUCCGACGUAUUCGACUGGUGUACUGACGGAAUUGUGACCUUGUAGCAUGGUAUUGAAUUUAUAGAAAUCGAAAUCAAACCUUUGUACUUGGG